CGCUCUAGCUACCGAGACUCAAACUCGGCUGUGCUGUGUCUGUGUGGGUGGCCUUCUCCCUCCCGCGCGCCAAAGGCCCACGGCGGCACGGCCACGGGCAGCCGCCGCCCGCCGGCCGCUGCGAGCCACCACAGGCUGGAUCCUGCACCGCUGGUGGUCUCCCGGCCCGUCAGAUCCUGAUAUAUCUUCAAAGAUAAAGAGAGAAAAUCAUAACAGAUGGCGGCGGCGGCAAUCGCGACCGUGUCCCUCAGUUCAGUUCCUCGCGAAAAGCGGCCCCGGCACUGUGCCAGUACCUUCAACUUCAACGCACGGCAGUUCAGUAACUCCAGCUCCCACUGCCACUCUUUCACGCUGAGACCAAGAGUGCCAAGACCCCGAGCCGCGUGCCGGGUCAUCGUCGCGCAGGCCGGCGGCGGCUACAAGGUGGCCAUCCUUGGCGCGGCGGGAGGGGUCGGGCAGCCGCUGUCCCUGCUGGCCAAGAUGUCCCCGCUCGUCUCGGCGCUGCACCUGUACGACAUCGCCGCCGACGUGGAGGGCGUGGCCGCCGACCUGAGCCACUGCAACACCCCGGCGCGGGUCUCCGGCUUCACGGGCGAAGACGAGCUCGCGGGGUGCCUGUCGGGCGCGGACGUCGUGGUGGUCGCCGCCGGCGUGCCGCGGAAGCCCGGCAUGACGCGGGAGGACGACCGGUUCGGCGCCAACGCGGGCGUGGUGCGGGAGCUCGUGGCGGCGGUGGCGGACCACGCGCCGCCGGGCGCGCUGGUGCACGUGAUCAGCGACCCGGUGGACUCGACGGUGCCGGUCGCCGCCGAGGUGCUGAAGCACAAGGGCGCGUACGACCCGCGGAGGCUGUUGGGCGUGACGGCGCUGGACGUGGUCCGCGCCAACGCGUUCGUGGCGGCGCGGAAGGGCCUGCCGCUGGCGGACGUGGACGUGCCGGUGGUGGGCGGCCACGCGGCGGCCACCAUCCUGCCGCUGCUGUCCAAGGCGCGGCCCAAGGCGGCGUUCACGGACGAUGAGGUGGAGGAGCUCACGGCCAGGGUCCGCGACGCCGGCGCCGGCGGGUCCGCCACGCUGUCGAUGGCGUACGCCGCCGCGCGGUUCCUCGAGGCGUCCCUGCGCGGCCUCGACGGCCACGGCGACGUGUACGAGUGCGCGUACGUGCAGUCGCAGGUGGUGCCGGAGCUCCCGUUCUUCGCGUGCAGGGUGAGGCUCGGGAGGGACGGCGUGGAGGAGGUGAUGGGCUCCGAGCUCAGGGCGCUCACCGACUACGAGGCGCGCGCGCUGGAGGCCCUCAAGCCCACGCUCAAGGCCAGCAUCGACAAGGGCGUCGCGUACGUGCAGCAGCACCAGGAGGCAGCGUUGAACUGAAACUGACUGCUGGGGCUGCUGCAGCUGGCGGCCCACCAAAAAUACAUGGAUCAUGUAGCGGCCGACGUCCCGCAAAAGGCCCAUGAGCUGAAACAGUAACCUACAGAGUAAUUCAUUUUGUGAUCUUCUGUGAUGAAAAAUAC